GCGAGUAAAGAUUCUCAAAUCAUAAAUAAGAGCACACACAGCACAGACAAGCAUUUUAUAAAGCACCUUACAGCGAGUACUAGCCGUAAAGGAACUACGAAGAGGAGCUCUAGCCGUCCUGCUGCAGAUUUAAACUACUGAAGAUAGAAAAUGGACUUGAAAAUAACAUUUUUGACUGGAAAGUCAAUUCUCCUUACAGUAAACCCAUCAACUACCGUGAAAGAGUUAAAGCAGAAAAUUGCACAACAGACAGAGUAUACAGCUGAACGUCUGAAGCUUGCAGUUGUGAAUGGACAGAUGAUUGAACUCGUAUUGGAUCACUUGAGUCUCACUCAGUACAAGGUGCAGUCUGGGAACACAGUGACAGUUCUCAUCAGAGAGUCCAUUCAGGUGUUUCUGAAGAAUGACAAAGGCAAGCUAAACCCAUAUGAGAUACAGCAUGGUGAAACUGUCAAAGAGUUCAAACAAAAAGUACAUCAUAAAGAGGGGAUCCCACCAAAUCAGCAGAGACUCUUUUAUGAAGACCAACUACUGGAAGACAACAGAAAAAUGGAAGAAUAUCGUAUCAAAGUCAAUGCCACCAUUGUUCUCCGCCUUCAGCUUGUAGGAGGCUAACACUGUUCAUAAUACAAGCACUGAUCAAUGGAUAACCUUGAUGGGCUUACUGUUUUUGUACUGGACUAUGGGGAAAAAGAAAAAUACAAAUAUCUAAAUACUGUUCAGUACUUUUGCUCACAAUAUAUGAAAAUAAUACCUUAUGUUUAAGAGACAAUUAUAAAUUUUGAUUUUUUUUAUAAUUGUGACACUAUAAGCUAAAUAAUAGAGUUUUACAUUUUAAAAGCAUUAUGAAAGAAUUUUAACAUAUUGUUUUAGGUCUUGCUGCUGAACAGAUUUGAUGUAGUCAGGCU